CUUAAAUACUAAACCAAUAAUAUAAAGUUUAAAAAAAUUAUAUUACAAACAUCAAUUAAUUUUAAAAGCCUUAUACAAUGUUCAAAGCAAUUGCAUUGUUGGCAAUACUAUGUAUUUCGAACCAGGUAUCUGGUCAGGGGGGUUGGACGUGGACGUGGGGUGGUAAUGGCCAGAAUAAUGGAUUUCAAGAUGGUUGGAUUUGGCCUGAUACUGGAGCUCAAGGGGGCUGGAGUUCCCCUAAUAAUGGACUUCAAGGGAGUGAGGGAUUCCCGAGUGGUGGUAACAAUCUGGGCACUGGCAGUGGUAGUAAUACAGGCACUACCGUUCCCGUUGAGACCACUCAGGCCUGGCUGGACGAGUGCCUCAAACGGGUCAACCAAAUACGCGCCAAACACCAGUCGCCCCCAUACGCCCUCGAUAAUAGCCUAGUGAAUUACGCCAAGAAUAGGUGUCCGGUCGCCGAUGCCGGUCAUUUGCCGUGGAAAAUGGGCGACCCUGGUGAGAAUAUUGCCCAGGGUUACGGGGCUCAGCCUGGUGUUAUAAACCCGGUCGAUUUUAACUCAUGCGCAGCCGUUAUGGAUUAUUGGGCAUCGGAAGAAAAGGAUUACGAUUACGCGGGUCAUGGCCAGGCUAAUCGUGGUGUGGUCGGCCAUUUCACGGCACUGGUAUGGAAAGAGAGUACCAAAAUAGGGUGCGCCA